UCAUUGUUAGAGCUGUCACCCAUGAAAAGGCUUCUCCAGCGGUCCACUAUAAAACCCCUGGAAAAGAGAGGGACGGGCAAGAACUCCUUCAUUCUGCCCUUUUGGACUCUAAUCUACGCAAGACUCUGCAGUGAGAGAGUUGCAGGACGUGAAUUCCUCGCUGUCAUUUUCAACAAAAAACGGUGCAAUGAUGUUGCCAAGUGUUAUUGCGCCACCUGCUAUGUAUCCAAACUUUCUGCGGCCCUCGGCGGCUCUUUCCUGGCCUCCCACUUUACAGUCGGCGUUCACCACGCACUCGAGUUUCCUGGUGGAGGACCUGUUGCGCAUCAGCAGACCUGCCGCCUUCAUGCACAGGAGCAUCCCGUCUCCAAGCGCAUCUCCUCCGGCCACAGGAGCCACAACUCUGAACAACUCCUCCGCAGUCCACGUCGCCAUGUCUACAUCUUUGCCAAAAAGAUCAAGCUCUCCACAAACAUCAAUUUCAAACGAUCCAAAUUACUUGAAGUUUGGAGUGAAUGCGAUUCUCGCGUCAACAACACGAAACGCUUCACCACCACCUUCAGUGCAAGGGAUGAAUGCGAAAACAUUCCCGUUCCCAUGUUUUGACGGCUCAUUCCACCCAUUCAUCAGAGCAUCAUAUUUCCCAGCAUCGUCUUCAGCAGUGCCUAUUCCCGGAACUUUCGCAUGGCCACUCACGGCUCGAGGGAAGCCGAGGAGAGGAAUGCUUCGACGGGCCGUCUUCUCUGACGUGCAGCGAAAAGCGUUGGAGAAGAUGUUUCAGAAACAGAAGUACAUCAGCAAACCAGACAGAAAGAAACUGGCGACGAAACUUGGCCUUAAAGACUCUCAGGUUAAAAUUUGGUUCCAAAACCGAAGAAUGAAAUGGCGCAAUUCCAAAGAAAGAGAGCUUCUGUCGUCAGGAGGUUGCAGAGAACAAACAUUACCGACGAAAAUGAACCCUAAUCCUGACCUGAGCGACGUUGGAAAAAAGUUUGAAACUGACGCGGCUCUGGGAGAAAGCCCGCACGCGCCUUUCUGUCAGCCGCGCGGGGAUCACGAGCUCAACGUAGAUUUACAUUUCACUUCGCCUUCUAUCUCCAGCAAGCACUCAGACUUCUCAGAAUCAGAGGACGAGGAAAUAACCGUGUCAUAAUCAUUAAGCAGACUGUGCUAAUUUUUAAUGACUUAUGUUUAUACAAAACUGGAGGAAAACUUUCAGAAAAGUGGUCUUGUUUGACACGGUAGUUGUGUGAACUUCAUAGGAAACCUUUCAGUUUAAGAGAGAACGUCGUAACCGCUGCGUUUUUGGCAGCUUGUAUAGUGUUUUGUAUGAAUAUUUUGUAUGGAGCUUUUAUACCAAGAUUAUUAUAAUCUUUCUUAAUGAUUUGGGAUACUUUGUCUAUCAUCUUAAAUACGUAGA